CAGAAUAUUACUGUUGUGAGUCGUGACGGUAAUCCAUAUUUUGCAAUAAGUCGUCAAUUGUAUUUAAAAUUUUUACUACAGUACUACUAGUACUUUAUCAGCACUUCACCGCUCGUUGCGCAGUUUUGAAUCAAUUCGGCCUUCAAAAAAUUUGAUAGAUGCUUCGAAAAUGAGUGCGGAAGGGAUAAAACGACAGGAGCUGGUUGAUACCGUGGAAGAAGCGCUGAGCGAGCAGCAGGAAAUUGCCUUGAACGAAAACGAUGAUGAUGCAAACUCCCAUGCCGUGCGUGCGCGUCGCGUAACCAUACUGUACUCCGAUCGCGAUGCUAGCGAACAAGCUCGCCAUCAUAGCCACUAUGUCCGCACUAAGCCUUGCAUCGAGUACAAAUGGGAGAAGAAAUACUACGCAGGCCAUUUGGUCGCCGUUCAUAUGUCCGGGAAGAUCUUCGCUUACUGCGUCCAGACCCAUCACAGUGGCAAAGUCCGGGUGACGAACGAAGAAUCGGGCGACAAUCGCUGCUUGCUGAAGGAAUUCGAUACGCAGUUGGUGGAUAUUGAUUUCGCCCACAUCCCCGAUGCCAUCUACAUUGCGUGCAUGGAGCAGAAUGGCUGGUGUAGUGUGUUUUCCGUCACCGAUGCCAAACCUAUGACGUACGAAUUGAUGAUUAAGAUCAGCCUGGAAUCCGCGGAACCCAUACUUCCCGAUAUACCUUGCCGUGCUGUGUGGUGUGUUCACAUUCCCGAGAAGAAUGCUCCAAAAACUUCCUUCGAAGACGUUAAUGAACCUGCGAAUCGGCUGAUCCUCACUUGUAAUGGAAAAGCCGUCGUCGCUAGUGUUCCCAUUGUACAGAAGGCUGCUGGUGCAGAGAAGAAAAUAGUUAUCGGCAGCGAAGCCGUGCGAGGUGUUACGAUGACUCCUAAUGGUGCAAAAAUUUGGGAUAUUAAAAUGUCGCCGGAUGGGGUAAUUGUUUGUGCGGCACGAGAAGAUGGCAAUGUUCAUUUCUAUCAGUGCGUUCUGGACAAAAGUGAUGCGCCAUCUCAGGAUCCGGCCAACUUAGUGUACACUUGGAUUCCGCACGACGGUCUGCCGGUUCACACGAUUCACUUUUUUGAUGAUUUCUCUCCUGGAACGAAACAGGAUCAGUUCUGGAUGUAUGCGCUUAGCGGCUGCGAAUAUGGUCGGCAGUUUCGAAUCUGGAACUGUCAGCACUGGUACUGUCUGCAAACCAUUGAUGUUGCGCCUUCACCGCUCCGUCCCACGUCCCUGCCGAAACUGCACGUCACUGUGGACCCUAAAGGAAAAUAUAUGGUUCUGGGCGAUGCGGAGCGCAACCUGCUCAUGUAUCUCCGCGUAGACCAGGAUCCGGUUCGGCACAUGGCCUGUGUUACCUCGUUAAUGGAAUUUCUUGUUGGUUCUCCCAUCCUGAGCUUGGCUGUGGUGGAAGUUAAUCCUGUCCGGCCUUCGGAACGAAGCGUGCCGCAACCGUUAGAGCCAGAAGAAAACGGUUUUGAGUCCCGGUUGUUGACGAUACACUCCAACUUGCUGCAGCAAAUGUCCAUUGCUUUUGUUGGAGAGCAGUUGCCCAGCCGGAUGCCGUCUAAUGGCGCGUUUUAUCACGAAGAAAGUGCACCAUUGCAGCCACGUAAGGAGGUUAAAGAAGGAUCACCCGCUGAGAACGGUGACGCAAAAACCAAGAAAAAGCGAAGCAAAAAAGCGCGUGAUGCAUUUUCUUUGGACGACGUACCGACACCUGUUAUGCCAGCCGAAAACAUCGCCACUGCCAACGGCGGGGAGAAGAACUUGACGUUCCAGAACUCAGCUACACACCGGAGAUCCAUUAGUCCCGCUUUUGUUCUGCAGCCACCCAGUGCAUUCGAUGCAAUACCUUCUGUGCGUAGAGAAAGCUCUCAGGCUAACACUCCUACGUUUGUGAAGGAAGUUGCCGUGGAGGACGAAAGCCACUUGCUGAAAGAACGGAAUGACUUCUACCUGCCACGUGAUAAUUCAGUGGCUACUAACAUCAGUACUGUAUUUGGAGUUCCACCAGUCGAAUUAGGUGCGUCACCUCCCAGUAGCGAUAUCGCUGAUAACUUCCGAGCUAUUCCCGUGGAAUAUGGAGGACGAAACAGCCAGUCUUUCGAUCCUGACCUGCGCAGCCGAUCUGGACGACUUUUGAUGGACGAACGGGUUUCGAAAUUGGAAACUUCUUACUCGGAUUUGCUGAAGCUGUGUGCCAGCCAACACCAAAUGCUGGAGCGACAGACCACACUUUUAGAGCAACUGAUUGCGUCUGCGGGUGCAUCCUCAUCAAAUCAGGCUAUCGGGGCCGGUGACGCUUCUGUGGAUGCUGUGCUAGCAGCUUUAACCGCUUCUGUUAGAGAAGGUUUCGUAAAUUUGGUUGAAACAAUGAGACCGCUCCAGAAGUUUGAUACCCGCAUGAAUACCAUGGCUAACGAUUUGGGAAAGAUUGUUGAAAAUAGUGUUGGAAAGGAAGUCAAGAAUCAGCUGGCUCAACAGAAUCUCCAAAAAGCUAUGAAGCCAAUAAAUGAGAAAUUCGUGACGGAAAUGACCACCAAGUUGGUGACCUUUGAAGCUGGUAUACGGCAGAAGUUUGAAGAUGUAUUUCGCGGCCAGCAGUUUGGUGCUUUAAUGGCGCAGGCCUUAGCACCCCAGUUUCACGAUGCUGCGCGCCUGGCUGUACAAGAAGCAAUCAAGACUCAACUGGCGCCUGCUGUACAGGAUGUAAUGAACGCCUCCUUGAACAUUAUGAGCACCACUUUCGCUAGUGGCACCAAAGAAUAUCUGGCUCAGCAUAACAAAUCCCUGGAAAACCAUUUCACUCGUAUUGAUGCAGCCUUGGAAGAGCGCAUUCGCGGCCUGGAACAAGUGGCAGAGCGAGCCUGUACUGCUGCUGUGCAGACCGUCUCGGUAGAUUUGCUGAAAGAGAUGCAGAUGAUUGUGGAUCACAGCACAGAACAGUUGACAGAACAGAUUGUAGAGUCGCUUGGCACACAGAUCUCGCAAAACGUUACCAGCUCUGUGAAAAGCGAACUUCGGGAGCAGCAGAGUGUUCUGCAUGAAAGCAUGGUCCAGGCGAUUCGAUCCGGCAUUGCUACCCCAGGUGGACAAGUCGCUACUCAGCACCAUAAAAGUCAGCAGGCUUUGCAAGAUGUAAAACAAGCAUUGACACGCCAGGAUUACAAUUCAGCUUUCCGCAUUGCCCUUUCUGCAUCAAAUCUGGACGUGGUUUUAUACGUUUGCGAAAAGGUUCCUGUGAAAGAGGUGUUUGGGAAGCCGAAUAACCUUCAGAUGCCCGUACUGUUUUCCCUCAUUCAACAGUUGGCAGUGGACAUUGCAUCAAAAACUGAUCUGAAGCUACAGUAUUUGGAAGAGGCUUUGCUGGCGAUUCAGUUUGACGAUUUGGAGCCGAGUUCUUCCAAAUUUCUGCGCACUGUGCUCAGCGAUGUGAUGAAAGGACUGACCAAAUUCAUGCAGUCCAAUCCCAGUCAUCCGCUGUCGCGCAAUCUGAAACUGUUGUCGAAUUUAGCAUCCCUGCAGCUAACUAACAUCACUAAUCAACAGGCUUCGCGAGGCACUGACUAGUAUGGUCGUUGGCUAUGAUCAUGUGAAUGUGGAGUAUUUCUUUGAGACAGCUGUAUCUGUUUGUUCGAAACUAACCUUAUAGAGACGUAGAAGGGUUUUUUAGCUGGAUUGUUGAUGAUUCUUGUUUGGGUAGAAGCUUUAAAUACACUUUAUAUAUACGCGUUAGGGUUGAUUCGUUUGAUUGGCUCUUGUUUGAGGUUGAGCUUUUGUUUGUUGCUUUUUUAUUAAGAAAUGAUAACCUUGAUUAAAUUAUUAUCGCACAAGA